AUCUAUGAAACAGUUAUAAAUAAAAAUAUAACUGGAUUAAAACACAUAAAGAAACAAAAACUGUUAAUAUCAUGUGUGUAUGCAUGUAGAAAGAGUGAAAACUGUGACUGCUUAUAUUACCAACAGUUUAAUUAUUCAUGCAGUUUAUUGAAUUUAAAUGAUUGUAAUAACAUUUUGAAUUCUACAUUACCGGAGAUAAAUGAUACCUCUACCGUACUGAUGGUUCGUCAAUAUUUGAAUGGAAAAAGGAAGGAUUACAGUGAUUACCAAAAAAUCAGCAACAGUGUAAAAUAUCCAAAUAUUACCAUCAGGGUUUGGAAUCAGAGGACUUGUGAAAAUUUAUGUUCUAUGAGUUCCAACUGCUAUGGUUAUUCUUCUAAGUCUGACUGGUGUCAGUUACUUGUGAUGAAUGAUUGUUGCAAUUCCACACAAGUCCUCCUUUCCGAUGGAAACUUUACUGACCUAACUAAACCCAUAAGAUGGUCAUUUAACACUAACAGUUUUAUACCUCAGAGUGGUGGAGAAGCACCCAACAUUACUGAUGAUGACAUUCCCGAUGAUGAUUUAAAUAGAACCAGUACUACAAUAAAUACCAGUGGUGUAACUGAAACAAGCACUAAGCCACAAACCAGUGACACAACAAAAACUACUGCAACACCGAUGUGUCCUUGUGUUUGCGAAGAUGUGACACAGCAGCCUCCCACUGAGAGGGAGUUGGAAAUUCUUAAGGAUAACUUAAAAAAAGAGCUUGCCGUGGAUAAAAAGAAACUGUCCAAAACGAUUCGAGCCAAAACCAGUGCCCCGGACGAACGACGAUCGGCUCAAGGUAUAGGAUUUAUUGGUGUGAUACUUCUAUCUGCUCUGCCUAUCUUCAUCUUCAUUAUAGACCUCCCACAACUCUAUGCGGACAUUAAGACUUUUUACGCGAAUGUUUCUAGUUUGUGUUCCAAUAGGACGCCACGCUAAACUUUCAUCCGUCAAUUUUCUAGACGUAACGAGGAACUAUUGCACGAGAUAUUUGGUAUAUACAUACCUACAUAGCAUGUACGUAUGUAUAUGUGUAUGUAUAAAUGUAUAUACGUAUGAUGCGUAUAUGUAUAAAUCAU